ACCACGAGCAUUUAGCCAAAAGACAGCUGCGUAAUCGUAUUGCGGCGACGUUUUCUUUUCUUUUUUUUUUUUUUCCAGCAGUAGUUGCUUGCGGUGGAGGUCGGCACACUGUGGCUCUGCAGUCUUUGGCCCGCUCCUGCACGACUGGUCACGGCAGACAUUGCCGCCCUCUGCACUCUAGCCCAGGCUGCAGCUGCUUCUGUCCAGCUCUCAACAGCCUCACUCAGCACCGCCUUUUAUCCCCGCAGCAUCCUUUACCGUCGUUCCCGCAGUCCGCCCGCCACUGCUCGUUCGACCUCUGCCUCGGCUACCGCCGCUUCUGUUAUUUCGGUGAGUUUUUUCCUGCAGAGGUCAGGUCUCCUGUUCUCGGUGGUAGCCACCUUAGUCGUGUACGUUCCUUUGAAAAAUGGCCGAGUUAGCCGACCACAAGGGAUUGUCAGAAUCCAGUCAAAAAGAGGCUGGCCAUAAGAUAAUGAUGGAGGGGACCGGGGAACAUCGGGAGCGCGGUGAAGAGGCCACCGCUGGGUCUGGAGACCACCGGGAGCGCGGUGAAGAAACCGCCGCUGGGCUCAGCGGAGAAGGGGGGAAAGGUGAAGAUGUUGCUGCUGGGUUGGGGGAAGACGGGGAAAAAGGUGGAGAAACUGAUGAGGACUCAGACCCAGAAAGUCCAAAAGGACUUAUCGGUUAUCUUUUAGGUACAGACUUUGUUGAAAGUCUGCCAGUGAAAGUUGAGUAUCGUGUGUUAGCCCUUAAAAAACUUCAAACUAGAGCGGCCAAUUUAGAAUCCAAAUUCUUGAGGGAAUUUCAUGACAUUGAAAGAAAGUUUGCUGAAAUGUAUCAACCCUUAUUGGAGAAAAGACGUCAGAUCAUCAAUGCGAUCUAUGAACCCACAGAGGAAUGUGAAUAUAAAUCAGACUCUGAGGACUAUGAUAACGAGGACAUGUAUGACGAGGAUGAGAUGUAUGGUAAUGAGAAGGGUAUGGUACAUGAGUGCGCGGAUGAGGAGGAUCGUUAUGAGGACUAUUAUUAUGAUUAUGUUGUGGAGGAAGAGGAGGAGGACGACGACGACAACGACACAGAGGCUACCGGAGAAGAGAAUAAAGAAGAGGAUCCUGAGGGAAUUCCUGAUUUUUGGCUGACUGUUUUAAAAAACGUUGACACACUCACUCCUUUGAUUAAGAAAUACGAUGAGCCUAUUCUGAAGCUCCUGACAGAUAUUAAAGUGAAAUUUUCAGAUCCUGACGAGCCUCUCAGUUUCACACUAGAAUUUCACUUCAAACGCAAUGAAUAUUUCAAAAAUGAGCUGUUGACAAAGACCUAUGUGCUGAAGUCAAGGUUAGGACAUUAUGAUCCCCAUCCUUAUAGGGGAACUGCGAUUGAAUAUUCCACAGGUUGUGAGAUAGAUUGGAAUGAAGGAAAGAAUGUCACUUUGAAAACCAUCAAGAAGCAGCAGAAGCAUCGAAGCUGGGGAACAAUACGAACUGUGACUGAAGAUUUUCCCAAGGAUUCAUUCUUCAGUUUCUUCUCUCCACGUGGAAUCAGCUCAAAUGGAAGACAUAGAAAUGAUGAUUUUUUACUUGGUCACAAUUUACGUACUUACAUAAUCUCAAAAUCGGUAUUAUUUUUCUUAGGUGAUGCACUUGAAUCUCAGCAGGAGGGUAGAGAAGUUAAUGAUGCAAUUUAUGACAAAAUUAUUUACGAUAAUUGGAUGGCUGCAAUUGAGGAGGCUAAAGCCUGUUACAAAAAUCUUGAGGCAUUGGUAGAAGAUAUUGAUUGCUAAAGCAGAGUAUUACAUAGCCUUGAAAUUAACUGCCCUAGUUCUAGUUACUCAAGAUAUAAGAAGUAUUGUGUUCUUUUUUUUGUACUGUCAGUUAAAACGCA